CACGUCGCCCUCGAGCAAACGUGCAAGAUAUCUAACAACAUCAUCACCAUCAACCAAAACCAUGUCCUCAUACUCAUAACAUGAUCCCCCAACACUCCCCUCGACAAAACGGCACCCCAUGUACCGUCCGUCGUGCCGGCUCUUCCGCCUCCCCUCCAAACUCCACCGGCGCGCCCGCCGCUCCCGGCUCUUCGCCAUGUUCAUCCUGCUCCUGACCCUCUUCACCGUCGCCUUCCCAUUCUACUGCAUCUACAAGCCCCCCAACACUCUGAUCCGGUACUUUGCGCGGCGCUGGCCCGACGUGCUAUGGCACGUGCCCACAUCCACCAAGGUGAUAGCGCUGACCAUUGACGACGCGCCGUCGGAGCACACGCACGGCAUCCUGGCCGCACUGCGCGAGCACCAUGCGCAGGCUACCUUCUUCGUGAUCGGGGGGCAGGUCGCGGGCCGCGAAGCGGCGCUGCAGGAUGCGGUGCGCGCGGGGAUGGAGUUGGGCAACCACGCGAUGCACGAUGAGCCGGCGCGGGGACUGGCGGCGGAGCAGCUGCGGUCCGAGAUGCUGCAGGUCGAGGGCGCGAUCAAUGCGACGUACGCUGCUGUGGGGGUUGAGCGGCCGCCGAAGUAUUUUCGCCCCGGGUCGGGGUUUUUCAGCUCGGGUAUGAGGUCGAGGGUUAGGGAGAUGGGAUAUCAGAUGGUGCUGGGUAGUAUCUAUCCGCAUGAUCCGCAGAUCCCGUAUCCCAGUGUGAAUGCCAGGCACAUUCUGAGUAUGGCGCGGCCGGGUGGGAUCAUCAUCUGCCACGACAGGAGGGGCUGGACGGUACCGAUGUUGCGCAAGGUGCUGCCUGAGUUGAAAAGAAGAGGAUAUACGAUUACGACCGUGACGGGCAUGCUCGAGGCUACUGGAAGAAUGAAGGAUGGAGUCAUGAGUAGCUGAACGAGGAUCCUUGUAUGAUUACAUGAACACCCAAGACUAUCAAAGAAUUCGGUCCAUAUCCAACAGACAUCGGCAAUUACGAGAAUCAGUAUGCCACUGGCGCAACUUACGGCCUAAGCACCAGAAAUGCAGCUCAAGAAAGCAAAAGAAAAUUGUUGACGUCGUACUAAAUUUACGAUCAGGCCUUAAUCAAGACACUCUCCGCAUCGUCUUUAGAAAAUUAGCAUCACAGAAGCAACACACAG